GCGACGAGCUUACUCGCCGAUGAGCCAGUCUCAACAUGGCAGCUCUCUGAGUUUUGAAACAAGGAACCUGGAGUAAAUAAGCUCUGAUUUGACAUUUCAGAAGUGGCGACAGCGCCCAGGUUUCUGUUUUUAGGUACCGUUCGGACCCGAAAGGAGAAAAUGUCGGGUGACGCUAAUAAAAAGCAGUUCUGGAAAAGAAACGCGGCGAAGGUUCCCGGCAGCAUUCAGCAUGUGUAUGGCGCACAACAUCCACCUUUUGACCCACUUCUUCACGCUAACUUGAUUAAAGCUGGCCAGAAGCCAUCUCCCGCCACGCCGGGUAAGCCCAAGAAGGCCACCACGUUCCAAGAGUUCGAGAGCAUCACGAGCGACGCCUGGGACGUCGGGGACGAUGACGACGAGCUGCUAGCCAUGGCGGCGCAGAACCUCAACAUCGAGGUCGUCAUGGAGACCGCCAAUAAGGUGAUUGAGAAUCACAGCAAGUUGAAGGAGAGGCAAAAGAAGGAUGACCCCGCCGAUGAUGAAACACAAGAGGAGGCGGCGGAUGACGAGGACGACGAGGAGGAAGAUGAGGAAGGAGACUUAACCAGUCCGGAAUAUUCCUCGACUUUCCAGGGAAGUCUAGACACUGAAGGUCGCCUGGUGAAAUCCCAAAGCGAAGCUCCCAUCGGAUCGCCGAAAGAUGGUGCAGGUGACCACGGAUCCCUGUACAGACAGCGAUCUCUCCCGCACCGGCCUGUCAUCCCGCUGGUGGCGCGCAUGGCCGACCAGAACACAUCGGGAACACCGGCCAUGACAGAAAGGGAGGCGUCACGCUUGGAUAAGUUCAAGCAGUUGUUAUCGGGCCCCAACACAGAUCUGGAAGAGCUUCGGAAACUCAGCUGGUCUGGAAUCCCGCGACAAGUUCGACCAAUCACGUGGAAGCUGCUUUCGGGUUACCUGCCCGCCAAUGCCGAGAGGCGGGAGAACGUCCUUCAGAGGAAGAGACAGGAGUAUUUCGGCUUUAUCCAGCAAUACUACGACUCACGCAAUGACGAACACCAUCAAGACACGUACAGACAGAUUCACAUUGACAUACCGAGAACUAAUCCUCUUAUUCCUCUCUUUCAACAAGCUUCUGUGCAAGAGAUAUUUGAACGGAUUCUCUUCAUUUGGGCCAUCCGCCACCCGGCCAGCGGCUACGUGCAAGGCAUCAACGACCUGGUCACGCCCUUUUUUGUGGUCUACGUCUUCGAGUAUAUCGAGGAAGAAGUGGAAAACUUUGACGUGUCCAGUCUUCAGGAAGAGGCUCUGAGGAACAUUGAGGCUGACAGCUUCUGGUGCAUGAGCAAACUGCUGGACGGCAUCCAGGACAACUACACGUUUGCACAGCCAGGAAUCCAGCGGAAGGUCAAGGCGCUGGAGGAGCUGGUUAGCAGGAUUGACGAGUCAGUGCAUCACCACAUGCAGCAUUACGAAGUGGAAUACUUGCAGUUUGCCUUUCGCUGGAUGAACAACCUUUUGAUGCGCGAGUUGCCGCUCCGGUGCACUAUUAGACUGUGGGACACUUACCAGGCUGAACCUGAGGGUUUUUCCCAUUUCCAUCUCUACGUCUGCGCAGCCUUCCUGGUGAGGUGGAGGAAAGAAAUUCUAGAGGAGCGAGACUUUCAGGGCCUGAUGAUCCUCCUGCAAAACCUUCCCACCAUGCACUGGGGCAACGAGGAAGUCAGCGUACUUCUGGCCGAAGCCUACCGGUUAAAGUUUGCAUUCGCCGACGCCCCCAACCACUACAAAAGAUGAUAAUCCCGCCGCCAUCUUCAUCUCCGCACCUGACGAAUCUGUAAAAUGACUUGAUUUUUGCCCGAAAGGAGAUUAAACAAACUUUAUGAACAGUUCACUGAACAUUUGGACAUGAAUUUUUUUUUUUUUUAAUGACUAUUCGUGGCGUUGAAAUUUGCAUUCCACACAUGGGAGAUAACCUUGGGAGAGCUUUUUUUUUUUUUUUUUAUACCCGUAGAGCAAAAAUCUGACCUUUUUGUCCGUUGUGUCAAGUCAACGGAAGACGGCGAAAAGGGCAAAGUGCUCCUUGGCCUUCUCUCCCGCUCGUGGAACAUGACCUCCCCUAUUCCACCCCUGGAGGGACGAGGAAGAACACUACAGCAGAGGAUUCCUCUUCCCCAACAUGCAAAUAAAUCAACUUCAUGGGAGUAUAAACAGUUGUUUUUCCUCUUCACUUCGCACGCGUGAUCUUUUGAAGUCUCGCGCACCUCCACAUUUAAAGCAAAGUGAACCUGAAGCAAUUAUCAGCUGUUUGUUUCCUUAUCACUUCACAAGAAGCUCAAGCGUUUGUCAAAAAUUGACUUUGAGAUUAUUUUUAUUGCCGUUUUCAUUCUUUCGCUUGAUGAUAAGGGCAAGCAAUUGAAUGAUUUUGUUUUCCAUUGGAUUUUUGCCAUGUACUGCCUCUUUAAAUCAGCCUUUUUAUUUUCGUUAUUUGUUUACAGCAGGGGUGUCAAACGUGCGGCCUGCUCACACACUAGACAGGUUUGUUCGUUGCAGCUCAUUAAUCCAGUGACAAGGAAGUGACCUGUGAAUCAACAGGAAGUGAUCAAUGAACAGAAAGUUGCCCGAAAAUGUCUUAAAAAUCAAGAUGAAAUUAUCCAAAAUGCACAGGAAGCGACACAGAGAUACCCUUCAAUGUACGCAAAGUGACCCGAAGUGCCCUAACAUGACAAGGAAGUGACCCAAAAUGGCUUCCACUGACAACAAUGGACAUCAAAAAGGCCCGGAAACCAACCGGAACUGAUCCAAUAUUAGUCGAAGAGACUUGGAAAUGCCCCAAAAUCAACAGGAAGUGACCCUAAGUACCCUAACGUUACAAAAUAAGUGACCCAAAAAUGCCUCAAACCAACAGAAAUUGACCUGGAAAUGUCCCAAAAGAUACAAAGAUACCCUAAAAUGUACACGAACUGACCCUAAGUACCCUUGCAUGGCAAUGAAGUGACCCAAAAUGCCCCAAAACCAACAGGAAGUGACCUGAAAAUGCCCCAAAAUUGACAGGAAGGAACCCAUUAACAGGAAAUUGUUGAAAUGUGGUGAAAUAACAGUAAAUGAUAAAAAGUACCCUAACAAUACAAAAAAGUGACCCAAAAUGCCCCAAACCAGCAGGACAUGACCUUGAAAUGCCCCAAAUUCAACAGGAAAUGCUCAAUGAACCGGAAUUUGCCUGGAAAAGCCCUAAAAUCAAUAUAAAAUGAGGUGACCUUAAGUACCCUAACAUUGCAAAAAAGUGACCCCAAAAUGCCCCAAACCAGCAGGACGUGACCUUUAAAUGCCCGAAAAUCAGGUAGACAGGAAGAGACACUGAGGAUACCCUUAAAUGUACAAGAAGUGAUCCAAAAAUGCCCUGAAACUAACAGGCAGUGAUCCUUGAACAGGAAGUUGCCUGAGAAUGCUCUAAAACCAACAAGAAAUUGUCCAAAAUGUACAGGAAGUGACCCUAAAUACCCUAACAUUUCAAGGAAGUGACCCAAAAAUGCCUCCCACCAACAUAAGUGACCCAAAAUGAAUAGGAAGUGGCCUGUAAAUGACCUAAAAUCAACAAGAGGUUAUUGAUGAACAGGAAGCGACACUGAGAUACCCUGAUAUGUACACAAGGUGACCCUAAGUACCCUAACAUUCCGAGAAAGUGACCCAAAAAUUCCCUGAAACUAACAGGAAGUGACCUUAAAAUGCCCCAAAAUCAAGCACUAAAUGAUCUUUGAACAGGAAGUGGCCCAGAAAUACCCUAUAUCAACAGGAAAUGCUCAAAAAUGUACAGGAAGCGAGAUUUAGGAUACCCUAAAAUGAACACAAAGUCCCCACAACUACCCUAACAUGACAAGGAAGUGACCCAAAAAUGCCCUGAAACUAACACGAAGUGACCUGAAACUAUCAGGAAGUGACCCAAGUUGAAUAGGAAGUGGCCCGUAAAUGCCCUUAAAUCAACAGGAGGUUAUCAAUGAACAGGAAGUGACACUGAGAUACCCUGAAAUGUACAAAACGUGACCCUAAGUACCCUAACAUUACAAGGAAGUGACCCAAAAAUACCCUGAAACUAACAGGAAGUGAUCUGGAAAUGCCCCAAAAUCAACAGGAAGUGAUCAAUGCACAGGAAGUGGCCCGAAAAUGCCCUUAAACCAACAGGAAAGGAUAAAAAUGUAUACAAAGUGACCGAAAGUACCUUAACAUUACAAGAAAGUAACCCCAAAAUGCCCUGUAACUAACAAGAAGUGACCUGGAAAUGCUCCCAAUUCAACAGGAAGUACUCAAUGAACAGGAAGUGACCCGAAAAUGCAUAAAAUCAACAGGAAAUGCUAAAAAAUGUACAGGAAGCGAGAUUAAGGGUACCCUAAAAUGAACACAAAGUCCCCACAACUACCCUAACAUGACAACGAUGUGACCAAAAAAAUGCCCUGAAACUAACAGGGAGUGACUCAAAAUUGAUAGGAAGUGGUCCGUAAAUGCCCUAAAAUCAACAGGUGGUUAUUGAUGAACAAGAAGUGACACUGAGAUACCCUGAAAUGUACAAAAAGUGACCCUAUGUACCCUAACAUUACAAGGAAGUGACCCAAAAAUACCCUGAAACUAACAGGAAGUGACCUGGAAAUGCUCCAAAAUCAACAGGAAGUGAUCCUUGAACAUGAAGUGACCAGAAAAUGCCCUAAAAUCAACAGGAAGUGCUCAAAAAUAUACAGGAAGCGACAUUGAGGAUACCCUAAAAUGAACACGAAGUCCCCACAAAUACUCUAACAUGACAAGGAAGUGAGUUAAAUAAGCUCUUUGGCUUUCAUUGACAACGACAGACUUCAAUGGCAGCCGGUGAGUUAACUCAUUUGCCGAAAAAUAAACUGGAAAUGAGUCUGACACCCCGGGUAUACAGAGCUAGCCUAUAAAAUUGUGCCUGAAAAACUUUAUUUUUAAUGUUUUAUAUGACACACACACAUUUAUAUAUAUGUUUAAUAUUGAAACUCACCAUUAUUUUCUUAUUAUACAGUAAACACAAAAAUCCAUAGCCAGAUAAACUCAUGGUCUGCCAUUUACAGACAUCCAUCUCCGUCAAUGGCAGCCAACGGGUUUCAAAUCAACAAUUCCUGCGCACACAAGCAUCCCUGCAGUGAUGAAAGCGCAAAUCCUAUUUGACCGCACCCACAACACUGAACUUCAAACUAUCUUUGAAGAAUCUUCUGCAAGGUACCCCAGAGUACUAUUUCCCCUUUGUAGUUUUUGGGCUACCUUUGUCUCCUUACAUGAAAAUUAUGUUCAAAAUGAAGAAAAAAAAAAAGUCCUUUGUCAUAAACGGCCAUAAAAGUGAAGUAAUGGCAUGUCAUGUACUGGUUCUGGGGGGGAAAAAUCAUGUACAGUAAUGAAGUGUAAAUAGAAAGUG